AUGGGUUCAGCGGCCUAUCCAACGUUUGCAGUAGGUGAUCAUGAAGCUUUCAUGGAGUUCACUCUUACUCAAGCAAAAAAGUCACCGCCAGCUGCCAACAAGUUUUGCGUCGGGGCUGUCCUUGUCAACGCAGCCACAGGCAGAGUUAUAUCCACAGGGUACUCGCUGGAAUAUUCGCGAGACUACAAAGGAGAUCCAGGAACUACACACGCAGAGCAGUGCUGUUUCAUCAAGAUAGCUGAUGAGCACAACCUUCCUGAGGAAAGCAUUCACGAGGUCCUUCCAAAAGAUACAACAUUAUAUACAACCAUGGAACCUUGCAAUGAGAGGCUGAGCGGCAACAUGACUUGCGUCAAUAGGAUCUUGAGACUCAAGAGCGUCAUUAAGACUGUUUACGUGGGGAUCAGGGAGCCAGGAACUUUUAUUGCAAACAAUGACGGACAGCAAAAGCUCGAAGCAAAUGGUAUCAAGGUCGUGUACCCCGUUGAACACUGGCGUGACAAAAUCAUGGAGAUAUCAAUGACCGGGCAUUGA